CGAGGUGCAGUACGUCGUGUUGCAGAAUGUUGCCACCAUGUCCAUCAAACGGCGGGGGAUGUUUGAGCCCUACCUGAAGAGCUUCUACAUUCGCUCCACUGACCCCACGCAGAUCAAGAUCCUCAAGCUGGAGGUCCUCACCAACCUGGCCAAUGAGACCAACAUCUCCACUAUCCUGCGGGAGUUCCAGACCUACAUCCGCAGCAUGGACAAGGACUUCGUGGCAGCCACCAUCCAAGCCAUAGGGCGCUGUGCCACCAACAUCGGGAAGGUUCGGGACACCUGCCUCAACGGCCUGGUCCAGCUCCUCUCCAACCGGGACGAGCUGGUGGUGGCCGAAUCCGUGGUGGUCAUCAAAAAGCUGCUGCAAAUGCAGCCGGCCCAGCACAGCGAGAUCAUCAAGCACAUGGCCAAGCUCACUGACAACAUCCAGGUGCCGAUGGCGCGGGCCAGCAUCUUGUGGCUCAUCGGCGAGUACUGCGAGCACGUGCCCAAGAUUGCACCCGAUGUGCUGCGCAAGAUGGCCAAGUCCUUCACCAACGAGGAGGACAUCGUCAAGCUGCAGGUCAUCAACCUGGCAGCCAAGCUCUACCUGACCAACUCCAAGCAGAGCAAGCUGCUGACCCAGUACGUGCUCAACUUGGCCAAGUAUGACCAGAAUUACGACAUCCGCGACCGGGCUCGCUUCAUCCGCCAGCUCAUUGUGCCCACUGAGAAGAGCGGGGCCCUCAACAAGUACGCCAAGAAGCUCUUCCUGGCCCAAAAACCUGCUCCCAUCUUGGAGUCCUCCUUCAAAGAUCGGGACCACUUCCAGCUGGGCUCCCUGUCCCACCUGCUCAACGCCAAGGCUGUGGGCUACCAGGAGCUGCCUGACUGGCCGGAUGAGGCCCCUGACCCCUCUGUGAGGAACGUGGAGGUUCCUGAGUGGACCAAGUGCACCAGCCGGGAGAAGAGGAAGGAGAAGGUGGAGAAACCUUUCUACUCCGACUCAGAGGGCGAGUCAGGGCCCACGGAGUCAGCGGACAGCG